AAAAAAGAAACAGAAGAGUGAAGAAGUGCACGAAAAUAAACGCAAAAAAAUCAAUGGCCCCCCUUGCAGAACUGCGAGCAUGAGAAUGCAAGCCCCCAGAGACCUUGAGCUUAGAUACACCCCAUCGGGGUCUAUUCACCCCUGUUUCUUCAUUUUACCCCACCUGGCGAGACGGACAGGUGCAUCUUCGAUUCGAUGUUCCCCGAGUGCCUAACAUUAAAUAGCCCAGACCAGUGUGCCUGUAUCAUACAUGCGCACAUCUAAUCAGUGGUUUCGCCAAAAGAUAAGGCCGCCCUCUGGUCUUUUCCAAAGAGUUUGCCUCGCUUUUACCCACAUUCAAUCGCAGCUGGCUGACGGUUUCUGUUUGUGUUUCUGUUUCUGUUUCUGAUUUCCAACUUCGGGGACCCGUGACUCAGACUCGCACUCAGACACAACCUAUCCGAUCCAAAGCGAUCCGCUCGCAGUUCCGUCAUAACCAGCUAUAUCGUCAUAGCCAACGCAGGUCUCUCUCGCACGCGCUCUUGGCCGUAAUUCGGUUAAAAAGUGUCAUUAAAUAAGCCAAAACCGAUAAUACCCAACGAUUUUUAAACGGAAAGCAGCCCAGAUCCAGCUCCAGACCCAGACCCAGAUUCAGGUCCAACGACUCCAACUCCGACCAGAUGAGCAGCGGAAUGAGGUCGCAGGACGGUCCGCGGGCGAAGGUCAAUGCCGCCAGCUCGCUGCUCACCCAGGAGGAAAAUGAAGCCGUCUUCAGGCUGCUGGGGAAGAAGUGUCAGACACUGAACACCGCCGUUGUGCAGAUCUACAAGACGGAGGGCAGUGCCCACGCCCACUGGAAAAAGCGGCACACCGGAGUCGUCUGCUUCGUGAAGGACAGCGCCAUUCGAUCCUACUUCAUGCGCGCCUACUGCCUGAUCAAGAACGAGUUGAUCUGGGAGCACGAGAUAUACGAUGGCAUGCAGGUGGUCAAGUCGCGACCCUUUCUCCUCACCUUCGAGGGCAGUGAUGGCCAUGUAGGACUGAACUUCGUCUCCGAAGAGGAGUGCGACUCGUUCUUCCGUAUUGUGGACGCCACCAUAGAGACGCGCAAUCGCAAGCGACAGGAUAAGCGCAAUCGGCAGAAGAGCCAGCAGGCACCCAAUGCGCCACUGCCUCAAGUGCAGCGGGAGCCGGCCAGGCCACCGCCCACGCAGGGCGGCAUGUCCGCCAUUGAUGGCGGAAACGUUCAGCUGCGGAACAACAAGAUCAACUCGGUGACACUGACGCCGGCGCCAGCGAAGAACUUCCUGCCCAGCAGCUUUGGGCUGGGUGGCGGCCAGGCGAAGGACAAGAACAAGCGCAAGGUGACCAAGGCAGACAUUAGCCAGCCGACGAACUUCGUCCACAUCAUUCACGUGGGCUGGAAUGCCGACCAGGGCUUCAAUCUGGCGGGCAACGAGAACGACGAGGUGCUGAACGAGUUCUUCGUCAAGGCCGGUGUCUCCGAGACGGAGCUCAAGGAUCGGGACACCCGUGCCUUCAUCUACGACUUCAUACAGAGCAACAAUGUUCUGGCGUCGGUGAAGCAGGACAGCGUGGAGUCGCCAACGGAAGAAACGCCUCCCGUGCCGCCACCGGUGCCAACCCGUCAUCCUUCUAAUGGCAACCAAAGAACUGCACCACCGCUGCCGCCGGCGAGACAACCACCUCCAGUGCCCGUCACUGUGCCCGGCGCCACUCGAGCUCCGCCACCACCCAGCAGACCACCACCCAUCAGUACCGCACCACCACCGCCGCCAGUCAGCGCACCCGUUGUAGCGCCACCACCUCCUCCACCGCCACCCCCAGCAGCGGUGGCACCACCACCGCCCCCGCCCAUGCCAGUGGGAGAGAUCCCAGUCAUCACCACCACGCACGCUCCCACUCAAGCAGCCAGGCCAGCGGCUCCAGCAGCUCCAGGAGCUCCAGAUACACGCAACGCACUCAUGGACGCCAUUCGCAAAGGAACCCAGCUGAAGAAAGUGGACACGACUGCACUCAGCACUGGUAGCGGCGACUCUCGCAGCGAUUUAAUGAAGGACAUUCGCCAGGGCACUGUGUUGAAGCCGGCCAAGGAACGGGAGCUGGGCAGCCAGCGAAACAGCGAUAAUGGAGGCGGCACCGACGCCCUGGCCGAUGCACUGCGUCGGGCGCUGGCGGCACGCGGAAACGCCAUCCACUCGGACGAGGACGAGACCGACUCCUCGGACAACGAGGGCGAGUGGGACUAAGUGGCUAAGGGACUAAGCUACUUGCGAGCUACACGGAUGACACGAUGCGGGGCAGCAGACACUAUUCCAAAUAUAAGCAAUAAUUUAGUUCGUGCUUUGGCAUUUUGGUUUAUCGUUAGAUAAAUCCCUGUAAAUACUGUUAGUGAAUUUUCAUACCUCUUUAAUUUAAUUGUACGAGUUUAACAAACGCAAAAAGUACUAAAAGGAUAACCACAAAUUGAGAAAUUGUAUCAGCAUUUGCCCGCUUUUAAUUUGUUCCGUAUUGAAUCACAUUCGCAUAUCCAUAUACAUCUGCUCAAUAUUUAAUAUGAACGAAACGCAUGUAUGUUAGUUCAUUAAUAUAUGUGGGUGAAUUUUGCAAAACCCCGUUCAGACUACUGUGCCAAAAACUUGAGAACACCAAAAUGAAAAACGAGUUUGUGAAAAAAUUAGAGAUUCACCUUGUCUGCGAACUGAAAAACUGUAAACUGAGCGAUAAAUUUAUUUUAGUGAAUAUAUUUUAUAAAUCUAUAACAAAGGAAAGGAUCAAGCAAAAAAUAAACUGUGACUACUUUUAAUAA